AUGGUUGAGAGGGUGCACAUGGAAGAAUUCCAAAAGUGGUUCGCUAUUCAGGUGGCCAAAAUGAUUGAUGACAAUGUUGCAACUUUGCAUCCCUCUAUGUUGACUUUGUCUCGAGAGCCGGACAAUGGAAUUCCUCAGAUUGUCGAGGAUACAUUGAAGAGGCUAGGAGUUAAUUUGGCAGAGUCCUCAAUGGCUGGAGAUAAGGUGGUGAAUGAUGAAGAUGAAUAUGAAAAUGGAGACGAGGAAGUGAAUGAUGAAGAUGCGGAUGGUAUUGACGAUGAGAACAGCUCCCCCUGAUGAUGAUGAUUACUAAGUUUGCAGCACUUGGAAGAAAGCAGCAGUAGGAACUUUGCAAGUUCCAAUUUUCAAUCGAAAGUUUGCAGCUAGGAAGAAGGCAGUCUUAGGAACUUUGCAAGUUCCAUUUUUCAAUCGGAUUAUGUUUAUGUUUUGUUUUGUUAAGUGUUUGGUUGUUUUGUUU